UCGUGCCGGGCAUCGCCGACGGUAAUCCGGGUCCAGCGGCGGGCUGACGAGGGACGCCGCAGGGUCGGGGGUCACCAGCAGCCCCCCGCCGUGCUCGCUUAGCAUCCUGUGCGACGCCGGUCCUGAUCAUUUAUGGCGAGCUAAUUAAUAAGUCGGCUGUCCCCCAUGAUGCACGGCUUCCUACGGGUUGCAGCGAGAGGCGGCUUUGCUCCUCCCCGUCUCUCCUGCCGCUGACUCUGCCCACUGAGCCGCACGAAGAACCGAGGAGGAGAAAUGGAGGGAGAAUUGGCCAGGAGCAAAGUCCGGCUGCCCUCGCUGCUCCUGGCACUGCUCGGCCUCGGGCCAGGCAUCUUGGCCGAGGCGCGUUUUAAGGCGGACAAUGAGGUUUUGCAGAUGCUGGCUGGGAACUCCUCCCAGACUCUGUUGGAGCGUUGUUCUGUCUCCAAGCCCGGCAUCCUUCCCUCCCUGCCGGAGCAGGAGGCAGCUCCGUCGGGAUACGGGGUCUUUUGUGGGGGGGGACAUCCCCGUCCCCAGCCCGGAGAGGGACCGGCCGGCGGAGAGAAGACCAGGCGGCUGCGUCAGGAGCUCCUCUUCGGCCAAGCCCGGGCGCAGCCCCGGCAGGUGAACGGCGUCCUGGGGGGGUCGGUGCUGCUCUCCCCGGCUCUGCCCCCCAACAAGACGGUGAAGGAGAUCGAGUGGAGCUUUUCAUCCGGCACCGGCACCACCAUCCAAGUAGCAGAAUUCGGCCCCGACGGCUUCGAGCGACCAGAUCCCAAGGACCGGUUCAAGGACCGGCUGGAGAUGGUCAACGAGACGGCGCUGAGGAUCGGGGUCCUGGAGCGGGGUGACAGCGGGGUCUACGGGGCUCGGCUUAAACUGCACCCGGCGCUGGUGGAGGAUCAGUCCUUCCACCUCUCCGUCUACGAGUCGGUGCCGAGUCCCCGGACCCGCAGCCAGCUCCUGGCCAGCACCGUGGAGUGGUGCAACCUGACGCUGCAGUGCCAGGGUGCCGGCAAAGGCGCCGUCAACGUCACCUGGAAGAGGGACAACGUCAUCCGGGACCUGACCUCCGACCGCCACCAGCUCUCCCCGGAUGGGACCACCCUACGGGUUGCUCUGCCACCCACCGCCGCCAACGUCACCUACGCCUGCACCGUCAGCAACCCCGCCGACCAGAAGGUCGUCCUCUUCGACCUGCAAGCCAUCUGCCAAAGCGGAGGGGGACAGACGUCCUUCUCGAAGUCGGGGUACAUCGUCCUGACCCUCAUCCUGCUGGCGGUGAGCUUGGGGGGAGCCUUCUGGUGCUGGCGGAUGAAUAGCGAGAAGGCGGCAGACCCAGCUGCCACCCCCACGGUGCCCGCCGAGGAGAGCCCCUCCGACCCCCAAUACGCCGAGAUCGUGCGCCGGAGCCCCCCGGAAGGUAAUGACCAGGGCCUGAGUCACCCUGAAAAUAACCCGGAGCAGAGCCCGCCGCAGAAAGCGCCCGUCACCACCGUCUACGAGCAGAUCCGCCAGGCGCCCGAGGACACGGCCGAGGAGGUGACAUAGGCCCUCAGGCACCCGCAGAGCCGGAGCAUCGGGAUUUCCCGGAAGGGCUGUAACGUGCGUCGUGUGCCAAAUCCGAACCCUCCAGCCCCCGUUUCGGCUCCGGGGAUGGGAGGCACCAUCUCGGGGCGAUAGCCGGACGGACGCUUUUCCCCCCACCUCCGGUUUGUCUCCAACCCCCCUCGUCUGACGCCCUCCGACAGCGUUUUGGGGAGCGGGAUCCCGGACCGAGGCAGAGACGAGCGGCAGCGAAGCUGGGGGACCCCAGGAUGCUGCGGGGGUGGGGGGAACCCCGGGAUUCACCUCCCACGUGCCGCCGCUGCCGGGUUUGGCCAGGGCUGGGGAUGUUGGGGAGGGCAGGGGCACAUCCCGGUGCCGGCGCUGCGGGUUCAGGAUGAGAUGCCCCACCCCGCACCAUGUCCCCCGCCUCGGCCCCCCCAGCACCCCCCCAAUUCCCCCGCCCCGGGACCUCGCAGGGACCCUCUGUGUGUGGGUGCCCACGAGGGAUGGACCUGCCCACCCGCUUCGCCGCUGCCACAGAGACACAGGGGGGACACCCCCCCACCCCCCCCGACGUGUCCCCCGUCCCAUGCAGGUCCCCUGGCACCGACCCCGGUGGCACCUCUGGGGCCACGGGGGGAUGCGGAAGGGACCGUCGCCCACGCGGAUCCACCGAGAAGCAUCCCCGCUUCCCCUGCCCCCCCCCCGCCCCCCAUAGCUGUGGCCCCCGCGCCGUCGCGACAAGAGGGGGUGUCACCGCCUGCGUGUCCAGCACCUACUGUCACGGGGUCCCUCGCUCGGCCGGACCUCCCGCCGUUGUAAAAAGAACAAAUAAAUGUUGGUGAGAUCACA